CAUUGAGGUAAAGCAGAGCUAGACGGCGGAGUACUGCCGCCGCAGUGGGAGUUGUUGUUAUUAAAACUAACAACGUCUCUCGGUUUUUUUUUCCUGAAAUCUAUUUUGGACGCGUUUAAACUCAGCGGGGAAGUAAAUAUUUCUGUUUGUGUUGACUGUUCAACCGCCAACGGUCGACCGCGGCGAGUCAAGUGGGAACUCUUCACUGCAAUUAACUUGUGUGGAUUUGUUUCUGAUGCUCUGACCGAGAGAGGCGGCAGUUUGCGGCUGUCUGUUGAGGGUCCACCGGCGUGACUUUGCCCUUGUUUGUUUGUUUGUCUCCCGGUACUCGGAAUACAGCGGAUACUACUCAAAACUGGAGUGACUUGAGGUGGCUCGAGCGCUUUUCAUUUCUCACCUGGCUCGUACCCUCCUCCUCCCCCUCCCUCCCUUUAGCUGCCUCCGGCUAAUGAGCCGUUUCCCGUGUUUUUCCGGUUGAUUUACGGGCGCGCUGCCGGUGGAGCGGAGGAGAGACAACGACCGAAACACGGUGGAGAGACAGCGAGGAGCGGGGAUUCACAUUAAACGGUCCGUGAACUCGGACGGAGCGGCGGGGCGGUCGGUUUUGUUUGAAAUUAACGACACUUGGCGCUGCUAAUAACGGCAGAUGGAUCCGUCUCCGUGAUCAGGAGCACCCCACAUCCUCACUGUGCCCCAGUUUGAUCCCUCGAAGCGGGGUUUUCAAGAAGGAAACGGUCGCAUCCUCCCGGAGAUAACCAUGUUUCCCCAGGGGCGACACCCGACGCCCCACCAGGCUCCAGGCCAGCCCUUCAAGUUCACCAUCCCAGAGUCACUGGACCGCAUCAAGGAGGAGUUCCAGUUUCUCCAGGCACAGUACCACAGUCUCAAGAUGGAGUGUGAGAAGCUGGCCAGUGAAAAGACGGAGAUGCAAAGACACUAUGUCAUGUACUACGAGAUGUCUUAUGGCCUCAACAUAGAAAUGCACAAACAGACUGAGAUUGCCAAGAGACUAAACACCAUCUGUGCACAAGUCAUUCCCUUCCUCUCACAGGAGCAUCAACAGCAGGUGGUCCAAGCUGUAGAGCGAGCCAAACAGGUGACCAUGGCAGAGCUAAAUGCUGUCAUCGGGGUACGUGGACUGCCAGGUCUUCCACCUACCCAGCAGCACCUAUCCCAUAACCAUGGCGGUGCCCCUGUGCCCCUCACCCCUCACCCUGCCGGCCUUCACCCCUCUCAGCUGGGUGGUUCAGCUGGUCUCCUGGCUCUGUCAGGAGCACUUGGUGCUGUUCCUCCCCACAUGUUGGGAAAAGAGGGCAGUGAUAAGAAGCCCCACAUGUCUGGACCGGACUCACACUCUUCAGGACCUGAGCACCUGAGAGAGCGAGAGCCCAGCACAAGUAACUCACUGCUGCCAGAAAGUCUUAGGAACUCAGAUAAGCGACGCAACGGACCCGAGUUUCCAAAUGACACCAAGAAACGCAAGGUGGAUGACAAGGACUCCAGCCAUUAUGACAGCGAUGGGGAGAAAAGCGAUGAUAAUUUAGUGGUGGAUGUCUCGAAUGAGGAUCCAGCCUCACCUCGUGGCACGCCUCUCCCCUCCCCACGAGAAAAUGGCCUGGAUAAAGCGCGCCUUCUCAAGAAAGACCCCUGUAGUCCAGCUUCCACUGCAUCAUCAGGCAGUUCCUCCUCCCUCAAGUCCAAAGAGAUGGCAAUGCGAGACAAGGCAGGCACACCUGGGCUGAAGUCAAGCACACCAACACCUAGGGGUGACUCCACCCCUGGUCCGAGCUCCACUCCUGGAAUCCGGCCCAGUCUAUCAAAACCCCCGUCCAUGGAGAUACCACAUCCACCCACUGCAGGUUUGCGGACUCCCCUGGCUGUCCCAGGCCCAUACCCGGGUGCAUUCGGUAUGUUGCCCCAUGCAGCAGGGAUGAACGGGGAGCUGGCAGGUGCAGCUGGAGCUGCGGCCUAUGCUGCUGGACUUCACAACAUGUCACCUCAGAUGAGUGUUGCUGCUGCGGCAGCUGUGGCUGCAUACGGCCGUUCACCAAUGGUUGGUUUUGAUCCUCAUCCUCACAUGAGAGUUCCUGGAAUGCCUCCCAGUCUGACUGGAAUCCCUGGUGGCAAACCUGCUUAUUCUUUUCACGUGGCUGCCGAUGGACAGAUGCAGCCGGUACCGUUCCCCCCGGAUGCUUUGGUGGGCCCAGGGAUCCCUCGCCACGCCCGUCAGAUCAACACGCUGAACCAUGGAGAGGUGGUGUGUGCCGUUACCAUCAGUAACCCCACCCGACACGUUUACACAGGAGGGAAGGGUUGCGUCAAGGUCUGGGACAUUAGUCACCCAGGAAACAAAAGCCCAGUGUCGCAACUUGACUGUCUGAACCGAGACAACUACAUCCGCUCCUGUCGUCUCCUCCCUGAUGGCCGAACGCUGAUUGUGGGAGGUGAGGCGAGCACACUGUCAAUCUGGGAUUUGGCCACGCCCACACCCAGGAUUAAGGCAGAGUUAACAUCAUCAGCACCAGCAUGUUACGCCCUGGCCAUCAGCCCGGACUCCAAGGUCUGCUUCUCUUGCUGCAGCGACGGAAACAUUGCAGUCUGGGAUUUACACAACCAGACGCUCGUUAGGCAGUUCCAGGGCCACACAGACGGAGCCAGCUGUAUCGACAUCUCCAAUGAUGGCACGAAGCUGUGGACUGGAGGCCUCGAUAACACUGUGCGCUCCUGGGAUCUGAGGGAGGGACGGCAACUGCAGCAGCAUGACUUUACAUCACAGAUCUUUUCUCUUGGCUACUGUCCGACAGGAGAGUGGCUUGCUGUGGGAAUGGAGAGCAGCAAUGUUGAGGUCCUUCAUGUCACCAAGCCUGACAAAUACCAGCUUCAUCUACAUGAGAGCUGUGUGCUCUCCCUGCAGUUCGCCUACUGCGGUAAAUGGUUUGUGAGCACAGGGAAGGAUAACUUACUGAAUGCGUGGAGAACACCCUACGGAGCCAGCAUAUUCCAGUCUAAAGAGUCAUCCUCGGUGUUAAGCUGUGACAUAUCUGUGGAUGACAAAUACAUCGUCACUGGCUCAGGGGACAAGAAGGCCACUGUGUAUGAGGUCAUCUACUAAGGAAGGAUGACUGCUACUACUACUAUUACUACUAAGGACUAUGGAAAGGAAGCAAGGACAUGAUCUUUCUCACACAUCAGAUAUGUUUCAAGACAUUUUUGGGUGGGGACAGAAAUCGCAAACAUGAGUGACCUUGACAGCACAUCCUUUUUUUUGUUACAUCUGACACAGAGGAGACAAACAUUUUACAUGCACAUAUCUGUUGUGCCUGUAUACGUGACUCCCUAUCAGCUGGGGAUUAACUGGAGCAGCUGGAUGUUUAAUGGAAGAAGAGGAACUUUGUGAAUGUUCUUGUCUCUACUGCUUUCUGCUACGGACUGCACUGGGAUCAGUUACAGGGAUCAGACGAUGACUGAACCAAAGGGGGCACUGCAUUGUUUUUGACUGGGACCAGUUCUUUUGGAGAACACUACACUGAACAUCAGAUUUAAAACACUUGAGUCAGUGUCACGACCAGGGGCAGAGACCCUAGAAGGAACACUCAAACCGAUAUGUAAAGAAAAUGCAGAUGGAAGGAGACGAACAGGGAAAGAAACUGACAAAAUAACGGAGAGACGGAGGAGGACAGUGAAAGCAGUACGUGUUGGUUUGUAUUUUGUUGCAGACAGACAAUGCUCACAGCCUAUUGAUCUCUCAGCUCGGACUCUCUGACCUUAGAACCUCAGCUUGCUGUUCUGAUACGCCUACACUGUCUGAAAAGUACCUUUUCUGUCUUAACAGUAAGUCCUAUCCUCACUAAACUGCACUGUAGUGGAAGCUGUCCACCUACACGCUUAGCACACACACAAAAUGACAGUUUCAAACACACCGAAGGCCAUGUUGACUCGUCUAGCAUCACGCUGUUGAUUUCUGUGAUGGAUCAAUAGACAAAGUACAUUUUCAGAAUUUCUGCCUAUUUCAGACGCCACCAGAAAGUAUUUACGUACUUUGGAGAAAAAUUUGCUCACCACACCCAAUAAGCUUCCAGAGCAGGGGAAAUUUUCCUUCUUUUAUUUUUCUUCUUCUGUUUCUUAUGAUCCUGCUUGAAAGACUAAUUAGCGGAAACCUGAAGUAAAAAAAUAAAAAGAGAUCGAAUUAAUCCUCAAAUUCUACUGAUUUCCUUUUUCUAGUGCACCUGUUUCAACAGAUUAUUUCCCCACUUAUUUUUUCACAUAGCUGUACUCUGCAAGCAACACAGGCCUUCGUACUGUAAUUUCUUAAAGGGACAGUUCAUCCAAAAAUCAAAAAUACAUAUGUUUCCUCUUACCUGUAGUGCUAUUUAUCAGUCUAGAUUGUUUUGGUGUGAGUUGCAGAGUGUUGGAGAUAUCAGCUGUAGAGAUGUCUGCCUUCUCUUGAAUAUAAUGGAACUAGAUGGCAACAGCAAUGUCUCUUUCCAGAGAUCAUGACCCGGUUACUCAAGAUAAUCCACAGACCUUGUUGUGAGCAGUUUAAUGUAGGAACUAUUUUCUUUCUACUGAACUACACCUGCCAAACAGAAGAAUGCAUCUACUCACCACUGAGCUAGCUAACGUUGCAGCUCAGCUGAGGAGGACGCCAUCAAUGUUAACGCUUUCAUAAGCACGAGCCUCUCGUCCAUGAGUAGAUGCACGCCUCCUUCUGCGAAGUGAUACGAUUGGCAGUUGUAGUUUGGUAGAAAAGAAGGUCCAUAGAUUAUCUUGAGUAAUCGGGUCAUGAUUUCUGGAAAGAGACAUUGCCUUUUGAGUUAUUCAAAUGUAUUGAUUUAUUUAUAUUUUUUUGCACUUUGAGCACCACAAACUGGGUGCCAUUUAGUUUUAUUAUACUGGGGAGAAGCCAGACAUCUCUACAGCUGAUAUCUCUAACACUCGGCAACUCACACCAAAACAAUCUAGCCUUAUAAAUAGCACCACAGAUAGGAGUUAAUUAUUAUUGGAGUGAACUGUCCCUUUAACUUUUAGCCCUUACGCUCUGUACUUAAAACCACAUAAUGUGUCAGCUGCACCUUUAGUCAGACUAUUACUAAAUUGACCUGAAAACAUGUGCGACAUACCAGGACUGAUAAUUGAACAUCUGGAUAUAACUUCAGAUUUACAACUAGUCUUGAUUUGGUGUUAUUGAAGUCGAUUAAUCGGCCUGCUCUUAGUUUUAAUGCAGUUCAUUGUCUCUUUUACUAUAAGUUCGUCAGUUGAGGUCGUAAUGAUUAAAUGUAUUUUUUCCCACUUCAUUUUAAAACAACCCUCUGGUUACUGUCUUCAUCGCUCUUUAAACCACAUGAUGUCUUACUCUAUGGAUGCUCAGUCACUCUUCAUGAACAGGGACCAGCUAUACUUUGAAAAAGAUUAUCUUGACAAGUUAAUUAACCUUGUGUUUAAACAAGUGAAAAGUCAUUUCUACCGUGUUCACUGUACAAACAAAACAGAAUUGCCUUUUUUAUUUUUUAAAACUAUCACUUGUUUCUGCUGAUUUUCUUGAAUGUGGGACAUCUGUGAAAUCGCCCGGGAAAGUACAACUGUGUCCUGCUGUUGUCUUUUCACUUGAAAACAAGCAAGAUUUAUAUUAUUUGUCAGGAUACUCUUACAUUACAGAGAAAGGUGCAGUUGUAUUUCAGCUUCAGGAAGGAGUCGAUCAGUUUCAGCCAUUCUGAACUCAUUAAUUUCAUGACCUUGUGCUUAGUUGUUUUUUUUUUUUUAUCUGUUUUGUCUGUUGAAUGUUUGUAAAAAUGUAUAUAUCUGUUUUUUUUUCUUACAGGACAUGCUUUAGAAAUAACAAACUGUUUUUGUACGUCUUUUACAUGGAAAAGAAACAUCUAAUCAGGAGAAAUACUAAAUGGUCUUAAUGCUAGCUAAUCUAAAAUGAUUGAAAUAUCUAGACAAUAAAUGUGUUUUUUUGUAA